GAGAUCUCCCGGCCCGCUGGCACCUGCUACGCACAGACCAUAUGCCCCUGAGAAGAUGGCGCAACUACAGCUGGCCGCACUAGAGAACCCUGCAGUCUGGAUCUGUUUCAACAAGCUGCAAACCAAAUAUGCCGGACCCAGACAGCACUACGCAUCCGGAUGCCUUGGUCAGCAAUGACGAGGGGAGGAAGUACUGGGAGGGCAUUGACGCCAACGUCAACGGCAUGCUUGGAGGGUUUCCCUACAUCUCUAAGGUGGACCUCCAGGGCUCGCGCAACUUCCUCGCCAAGCUGGGCAUCGGAACAAAACACGGCCAACGCAUUGUGGACAACGCAAUCGAGGGCGGAGCAGGGAUAGGGAGGAUCACCCAAGGUCUCCUGGUUGACGUGGCGAAACAGGUCGACGUAAUCGAACCUGUAGCCAAGUUUACGGCCGCGUUGCGUGGCAAGAGGGGCGUGCGGAAUAUCUCCAAUGUCGGCCUGGAGGAGUGGCAGCCUGUUGAGGGUGUCCAGUAUGACCUCGUCUGGACGCAGUGGUGCGUGGGCCACCUGACCGACGAGCAGUUGGUACGAUACCUAGAGCGGUGCAAGGUCGUGCUCAACCCAGAGAGCGGCAUCAUAGUUCUUAAGGAGAACAUGAGCACAAGUGGCGUUGACGUCUUCGACGACAUGGAUAGCACUGUCACCAGGGAGGAAGCCAAGUUUGAAGCCCUCUUCAAACAGGCGGGUUUGCGAGUCGUUAGGACGGAGAUCCAGAGAGGCUUUGAUCCGGUUUUGCUCCCUGUAAGGAUGUAUGCGCUGCAACCAGAAUUGCUUUCCUGAUCUGAUACCGCCAUAUAUGUAUAUAUUUCUGCAAUAACCGCUUGCAUGACUGGGUAGCGCGUUUGGAUCUCGAUGGCAUGCCACGACUCUUAGGAAAGAGUCACCUGAACUCUUAGAAUAUUUAGACACCACUCUCAUAUUAAUUGACGCGCUUCUUUACCGUGAUUUGCUCCGUUCCAACUCCAUCGGUUGCCUGACUUGUGCCAGUAUGCCGCAGGAAACUUCGCCAUCUACCUGGCCAGCAGGAAGAAUCUGUGUGGACGACGACUGACGGCAACAGCAACAGCAACGGAAACGGCCUUUGGCACCUG